AGAAGCAAUUUGGUUACUAGGGGUGGCGGGGAUUGGAGGGAACCGAGAGCUGGAGCAAGCGCCGAGGUGGGGCUGCGCGCAGGAUUUGGUGGUACACUGCUCGGAGCCGCAAUCGUCUCUUCCGUGUCUCUGCUAACAGAGGACAUGGUCGAGGCAAGCCAGGUCUGCUCGGGCUACUACAGCCUCAACCACACCUUAGUGGAGACCUUCCAGUGCCCCCGACAUGGAGAAGGGGCCACCCUCCUGUACUGCUGCGGCUUCGCCGACCUCAAGUACUGCUGCAGCGAGCCAGGCAGCUACUUCCCGUACAAGUACAGCUACAUGUGGAGCCUCAGCAUUGGUGCCUUGAUUGGACUGGGAAUUGCUGCCCUUGUUUUACUUGCCUUUGUCAUCAGCGUCUGUGUCCUUUGCUACUUAUUUCUUCAUUCAAAACCUCAGAAAUUAGACACGGGACUCAAACUCCAACACCUGGAGGCUUCUUCAGGAGAAGGUAAUUAGCAGCCAUUAUUGUGACAAUGUGUUUAUGCUGUCUCUAAAUAAGAAGAGCCCUGAGCUAGUAGCAAGUCAGGCUGUUACCACCAAGCUUCUAGCUUUUAAAUUCCAAAUUAUCCUAAAUUUGCAAAUCCCACAUUGGAUGAGGUUUUCAUGAUAGAAUAGCUUUGGGAAGUUUUCUUAAAGAAGUGAUGCCAAGCAGAGAGAGUUCCCAGGAAAAAGAAAAUGUU